CAUUCCGGAAGAAGCCCUUUGCUAGAGCCGGGGUGGUGUUUUCCGCCUUGCCGAAGAAAGUUGUGCAAAGGAGGGCUGCUGGUUUCUGUAUUCCGAGAAAAUGGACAGCCAGGGAAGGAAAGUGGUGGUUUGUGACAAUGGGACCGGGUUUGUGAAGUGUGGCUAUGCGGGCUCCAACUUCCCAGAGCACAUUUUCCCUGCAUUGGUUGGCAGGCCAAUCAUUCGCUCCACAGCUAAAGUGGGAAACAUUGAGAUCAAGGACCUGAUGGUGGGGGAUGAGGCGAGCGAGCUGCGCUCCAUGCUGGAGGUGAACUACCCCAUGGAGAACGGCAUCGUGAGGAACUGGGAUGACAUGAAGCACCUGUGGGACUACACCUUUGGCCCCGAGAAGCUCAACAUCGACUCGCGCAACUGCAAGAUCCUGCUCACCGAGCCGCCCAUGAACCCAACCAAGAACCGUGAGAAGAUCAUUGAGGUGAUGUUUGAGACGUACCAGUUCUCCGGGGUUUACAUUGCCAUCCAAGCUGUGCUCACACUCUAUGCUCAAGGUCUCCUGACGGGUGUGGUGGUGGACUCUGGUGAUGGCGUCACCCACAUCUGCCCCGUGUACGAAGGCUUCUCCCUGCCCCACCUGACCAGACGCCUGGACAUUGCAGGACGGGACAUCACACGCUACCUCAUCAAGGUACACCCUCGUUCCCUACACGUGACUGUCUUAGAAUGUCCUGUCCAGAAACCACUCCUAGCCCCUAGGCAUGUGUAG